AUGGGCUUCGAUAUUCAAAGAUUUCCCAACGAUAUCGAUGAAGAAUUGAUUUGUUCUAUUUGUGGUGGUGUUCUACAAGAUCCUCUCCAAAUACCUACGUGUGAGCAUACUUUUUGUCAAGCUUGUAUUGAAGAAUGGUUAUCACAAACAAAAAUAUGUCCCGUUGAUCGAACACCAGUAGAAAUCAAUCAAAUGAAGCUCGUACCACGGAUUCUUAAAAAUUUACUGAAUCGUUUAGAUAUUAGGUGUGAAAAUGAAGGUUGUACGACCAUAGUAAAAUUAGAAGUUCUUACUAAUCAUUUGGCUGAUUGUGAGUAUACUAAAAAUAAAGUAAUUCAAUGUGGAAAUGGUUGUGGAAUGUUAAUUUCAAAGGAUAACUUUCAAGCUCAUAAUUGUAUUCAAGCAUUGAGUAGUGAACUUCAAAAUGUUAAAAAUGCAUUAGAAAACUAUAAAAAAGAUGUAGAUUUUUAUAAAACGGAAAUAUCUACACUUCAGGAAUUCAUUCGUGUUACUCGUGCUAAUGAUCCAACAAUAUCAUGUUUUUUUGAAUGUGUAGAAAACAAUCAAGUAUUAUGUUGGUCAAAUAGUUUACAAUUAGCUCGUGUAACUCAUUGGGGUGGAAUGAUAUCUACUCCAGAUAUUGUUUUACAAAAUGCUAUAAAAGAAGCUUUACUGGAAAGUGGUUGUCCAAUUCAGAUAACAAAUGAACUGAUAGAAAAUGCGCAUGAACGACAUUGGCCGCAAGGACUUUCAACACUUGAAACUCGACAAAUAAAUAGACGACACUAUGAAAGUUAUGUAUGUCGACGAAUUAUUGGUGAACAAGCAAUAGUCGUACUUAGUUGUGAUAAUCGACAUAUGAAUCAAUCAAUGAUUAGUGAACCAGGUAUUGUGAUGAUAUUUUCUCAUGGUGUUAAAUGA